AAAACAAUUAAACAAAACAAGCAAGUUUGAUCUCCAAAAUAAUAAGAAGAAAAAAAACCCCAACGAACCAAAACCAAAGGGCACAUUUUAUUUAUUUUAUUUGGUCGGUCGAUGAUGAAGUUGAUCGUCUCCUCCUGUUGUUGUCCACGCGUCAAAUCCUCUCCUCCUCCUCCUCCUCCUGCUGGUCAACCCUGCCUUCCAACAAUGGAGAUGGAGCAGCGGGUGGUCGUCAUGCGCCACGGCGACCGCCUCGACCAUGCCGAGCCCAUCUGGCCCGCCAACAAGCCCCGCCCCUGGGACCCGCCCCUCACCGACGCCGGCCUCCUCCGCGCCUGGACCGUCGGCAAGGGCAUCCGGGCCGCCGCCGCAGCAGACGGCUGGGCCGUCCACCGCGUCCUCGUCUCCCCUUUCCUCCGCUGCCGCCAGACCGCCGCCCGGGCCGUCGCCGCGCUCUGCGCCGUCCCCGACGGCGACGCGCUGCUCACCAUCGAUGACACCGCCGAUGUGCCCCUCGACACAUCACGCCUCAAGGUGUCAAUUGAAUGUGGAUUGUCUGAAAUGAUGAAUACUCAAGCAAUGGGCCCUAUUGUUAGCAAGGUGGCACCCAGCGUAAAGAAGUGGUUUCCUGACUUGCCAGAACUUGAAGCUGUCUUUCCUGCUGGAACCAUUGACCAUUCUGCGGAGCCAAUCUACCAGGAGGUACCGAAGUGGGGAGAAUCUGUCUUGGACGCAAGAAACAGGUACGCCAGUGUCAUCAAGACUCUUGCUGAUAAAUAUCCUGAUGAAAACUUACUCUUAGUUACACACGGUGAGGGUGUUGGCGCAUCUGUGUCUUACUUUGAGAUGGGAGUGGAGAUCUACGAGGUGGACUAUUGUGCGUACUCUGUUAUGGGAAGGCAGGUGAGUAUGAAAUCUGCUGAGGGAUUCACCGCGGGCAGCUUCAAGGUCCUGACCAAGAGUGGCACGACAGGCAUACAAUACGCCCCGGUAUCAGAAGAGUGGCUUGUUGGUUGAGCAUGAGCAGCUAACUAACUCAUGGUGACUGAAGCCAGGACGUGCUUUUUGAGUCUUUUUUUUGGAUUUCUUCAUAUUGCACAAUUUAAUUAGUUUACAUAUAAAUGUUUGGUCUUGGACAUAAUUGUAACACAAUAUACCAAGCUUGAUUGUUUGUUUCAUGUAGCAAGGAAUGAAUAACCAAACGGGUACAAUAAAGUGGAUUGGCUUAGAAUGAUA